AACUGAGGCCAUGCCAGGCACCGCCCCCAACCCUUUUGAUGCCGACACCCCCUUGGACCGUCCGUCCCCUGAGGGGGGUAAUCCAUUCCUGGAGGAGGAGGGGGAGGGGAAGCCGUUGGGGACGGACGCGAAGCGCAGAGGAACGCUGGAGAAGAUUGCUCACCUGUCACCGUUCUGGAAAGGAGGGAAGAGCCUUCUUGGGGUCCUCGGGGCCCCUGACAAGAGGUGGGGAAGACGUAAGUCAGAAGAUGUCAGCCUGUUGUCACUGGGGCGCAGAAAGGAGGGAGCAGAAGAGGAUGGCGGAGGUCCUGGGGGCGGAGUCAAACGUCUUUCCUUCCUGUGGCUCGGAGCCGGCGGAGGAGGAACCUCAGGAAACCGCUCCCAGAGAGAAUCAUUGGUGGAAGUGGUCCUGGAGAGGAAUGAAGGGGCCCGGGAGCCCGAGAAGGUCCGGGAGCCCCUCUCAGUUCUGGAGAUCCAUCACCUGGUCCAGCAGAGGGACCUGCGCUCCGCUGACCAGCACAUCAUGGAACUGGAGGCCGAGUGUGAUGGGGAGGUCGGCCCGGUGGGGGUGAAGAGUCCCGGCAGACAAGCCAAGGAUGUGGCCCUCCUAUACGAGGCCCUGAUGAAGGAAAUGUGGGCCGUGGUGGACGAGUCCCUGAACUGUAAAGGAAAACAUCAGAAACUUGAGGAAGUGAUCGGAGUCAUCCAGCAGGAGGAGGCUCGGGGGGGUCCUCCGGGCCCUAAGAACAUGAGGAGCCAAUGGGUGGAGGCGGUUGGGCGCAGUGUGGAAGGACGGCUGAAGAAGAACCUGGAGGGGAAGAUGGGCUCAUUGCCGUCCCAGGCCGACAGAGUGAAGAGGACGGUGGUGGAGGACAUGACGGGGGUUAGGAACUAUCUGGUGUGCGCCUAUCCCCGAGACUUCGAGGUGUUCCGGAUUUAUCUCUCGGCGUAUCACCGCUGUGUGGCAGAAUGGCUGAACACCGCCGCCCGGCGCAGCGCCGAGACCACCGACAUCUACUUCCUCCUCGACUUCAAUAGUAACAUCUACUGCCGAGACAUCUUGUCCCGGCAGGAAAUCUCUCCGCUGAUUAACCCCUCGGAGCUCGGCCCUCUGCUGCCCCGGGAGAUGCGGACUCUGCUGGAGCAGAAAUACAGCGACCUGGUCCAGAACCGGGUGUCACAGAGGCUGGAGGAGGAGCUGAGGGCGGAGCAAGAGCGCUGGAACCACGACUAA